AUGGGAGGCUUUUGGAUUGAACCGCCGGAAAUAGAUGAUUUACCUUCAUUCCCUUUAGACGCCAAACAGCUCCAUGUCCUCGUGAAGGAGGAGUAUAUUGAAUAUCCCCGUCUGGAAGAGGAGGAAAUCAAAGAUAAGAGUAAAUCAGAUGGACUGACUAGAUCGAUUACAAUAGCCCAAGCCCUCUGGUUCUCCUUGAACUGCAUCUUUCGUUUUGUUCAGGGGCUCUUCGUUACCACCCUCGAGCUCACCACUCUCUCCUUUAUCCUAGUCUUUUUGGUCACAUCAUACAGCUGGUAUCACAAGCCUAUGGACGUCAACAUACCAAUUAUUUUGAAACCCAAGAAAUCAGUGGCUAUAAUUCGAAGCGACCUUGGUGAAAUGCCCGAAUCAAAGUGGUACGAAACACCGCUCGAGUUCAUCUCCCGGGAUGAGUGGUUUUGUGCUCGAUUUUGGAAAUACUACAUCCAAAUCCUACACUAUAUGCACAUACCGCUAUUCACUGUGCCCGAGCGACGGCCAUACGAUCGCAUUCCAAGUCAUUUCUUCCCGACCGUUGAUACGCAGGCGGAAAUAAUCUGUGCCCCGACAAUCCUUCUUUUCAGCUCUGUCUUUCUUAUCGCGUGGGAUUCUCAUUUUCCUUCCGCGACAGAGAAGUUAAUGUGGCGUAUUGCUAGUGUGAAUACUCUGGCUUAUGGGUUGUUUGGAGGCCUUCUUUCGCUAUACCUUCAUAAACGGAUGUUUCAACCGGGUUUAAGGAAACCCAGGGCACAGGCUGAAUUGAAACGUGAACCUGAAAACGGAUGUAUCAGCCGUCUUGCUGCGAGGGUUACGAAUAUUGAUCCUCAGCAGGAUCCCAACCUAGAAAUCCGCCUUCGAGCUUUGGUUCCAAUUUUUGUUGUGUCCUUUAUUGUGUGGGUCGAGGUUUUAUCUUAA